AUGGAUCAAAGACCAGACAGUGAUGGGGGUCCAUUUGCACCAGGCUCAGAAGAUGCUCUGUUCUCCUGCAGACUUAGGACUAGUGAUGGGGGUUCAUUUGCACCAGGCCCAGAGGAUGCUCUGUUCUCCUGCAGACUUAGGACUAGUGACGGGGGUCCAUUUGCACUGGGCUCAGAGGAUGCUCUGUUCUCCUGCAGACUUAGGACUAGUGAUGGGAGUCCAUUUGCACCAGGCCCAGAGGAUGCUCUGUUCUCCUGCAGACUUAGGACUAGUGAUGGGAGUCCAUUUGCACCAGGCCCAGAGGAUGCUCUGUUCUCCUGCAGACUUAGGACUAGUGACGGGGGUCCAUUUGCACUGGGCUCAGAAGAUGUUCUGUUCUCCUGCAGACUUAGGACUAGUGAUGGGGGUUCAUUUGUACCGGGCUCAGAGGAUGCUCUGUUCUCCUGCAGACUUAGGACUAGUGAUGGGGGUCCAUUUGCACCGGGCUCAGGGGAUGCUCUGUUCUCCUGCAGACUUACGACUAGUGACGGAAGUCCGUUUGCACUGGGCCCAGAGGAUACUCUGUUCUCCUGCAGACUUAGGACUAAUGAUGGGAGUCCAUUUGCACCGGGCCCAGCAGAUGCUCUGUUCUCUCGCAGUCUUGAGACUAGUGAUGAGGGUUCAUUUGCACCAGGCUCAGAGGAUGCUCUGUUCUGCAGACUUAGGACUAGUGAUGGGGGUCCAUCUGUACUGGGCUCAGAAGUUGCUGUAUUCUGCAGACUUAGGACUAGUGAUGGGAGUCCAUUUGCACUGAGCUCAGAGGAUGCUCUGUUCUCCUGCAGACUUAGGACUAGUGAUGGGGGUCCAUUUGCACCGGGCUCAGAAGAUGCUCUGUUCUGCAGACUUAGGACUAGUGAUGGGGGUCCACUUGCACCAGGCUCAGAGGAUGCUCUGUUCUCCUGCAGACUUAGGACUAGUGAUGGGGGUUCAUUUGCACCAGGCUCAGAAGAUGCUCUGUUCUGCAGACUUAGGACUAGUGAUGGGGGUCCAUCUGCACUGGGCUCAGAGGAUGCUCUGUUCUCCUGCAGACUUGGGACUAGUGAUGGGGGUUCAUUUGCACCGGGCUCAGAAGAUGCUCUGUUCUGCAGACUUAGAACUAGUGAUGGGGGUCCAUCUGCACUGGGCUCAGAGGAUGCUCUGUUCUCCUGGAGACUUAGGACUAGUGACGGGAGUCCAUUUGCACUGGGCCCAGCAGAUGCUCUGUUCUCUUGCAGUCUUGGGACUAGUGAUGGGGGUCCAUUUAUACCGGGCUCAGAGGAUGCUCUGUUCUCCUCCAAUUUGGGGACUAGACAUGAUGGGGGUUGGUUGGCGCUGGGCCCAGUGGAUGCUCUGUUCCCUGCCAGUGUUAGGCCAUGCGGAGGGCCCUGAGGCCGCAGCUGGAGAUGGGGUGGAGGUGGCGUUGGUCCCUUCUGCCUCCUGCAAUGAUAUAAGCUGUGUCAUGAGUCUCUGUGUUUUUGUCUCAACUAGAUUGAGUCUUGAAAGCAGAGACAUAUUAAAAAAGUGUAUUCAUAUAAAUCAUCCCUCAAAGAGUGCCCUUGAAUGGCAUUCGGUGUACUCAGUGCUGUGCUAGCCCAGUAUGUGUGGGGAAGGUAAAGUACACACUGGGUUUUGAAAGCUUAGUACGGAAAAAAGAAUGUAAAAUGUCAUUAAUAAUUUUUUUAAAAUUUUUUUAAAAGAUUUUAUUUAUGUAUUUGAGACAGAGAGAAUGAGAGAGAGAGCACAUGAGAGGGGGGAGGUUCGGGAGGGUCAGAGGGAGAAGCACACUCCCUGCCGAGCAGGGAGCCCGAUGCGGGACUCGAUCCCAGGACUCCAGGAUCAUGACCUGAGCCGAAGGCAGUCGCUUAACCAACUGAGCCACCCAGGCACCCAUCAUUAAUAAUUUUUAUAUUGACGUUAUGUUUUCUUACUGAGAUAAUUUACAUAACAUAAAAUUCACCAUUUCAAUGUGUAUAAGUUCAGUAGUUUUUAGUACCUUCAUUUCGUUGUACAGCCCUCACUACUAAUUCCAGAACGUUUCCAUCGCCCCAUGAGGAAACCCACACUUGCUCAGCAGUCACUCCGGUCCCCCGCCCCCAGUCCCAGACCCGUCAGUCUGCUUUCUGUCUCUGCGUGAAAGUGAGCUUCUGUUUGACUCAGUCUUCUUCACUUCUGACACCAAGUAUGUGGGGUUCCACACCAAACAGCUCUCCAGGCUUGACACCAUGGCUCAUCCUACAGUUCAGUUCAAGGCCGGCACUGACCGGGGCUCAGCCCCACAGGACCGCCCCCUCAGGUGUUGGGCGCAAGUGGUCUGUCCCGGGUUCCCACGCUUUGUCUGAUUUGGCUACAAAUUGGGGGUUUCCUCAACUCUCUCCUUGUGUUUUUAUUUUGCUAGAAUGACCCCCAGAACUCAGUUUAUUGUGACACCGAUGAGCAGCCAGAUGAAAAGGUACCUGGACAAGGCCCAGAAGUCCUGAGUGCAGGAGCUUCAGUCCCCACAGUGUUGGGGUGUGUCUCCCUCCAGCAGGGAGUCCCCAUGGUGUUGGGGUGCAUCACCCUCCAGCAAGGGGUCCCUACGGUGUUGGGGUGCACCACCUUCCAGCAGCGGGUCCCUACAAUGUCGGGGUGACCACCCUCCAUCAGGGGGGGUGUGUUCAGCAACCUGGAAGCUCUCUGAACUUCAGCUGGAGUUUUUAUGGGAGCCUCCCUACAUGGGCGCUGUUGAUCAAAUCAUGGGCCAUUUGUGGUUAACUUGCUUAACCCUGAAGGACAGCUGGAUGUGAUUCUUACUCCUCUUUCCAGCCCCGCAGCUGAACCAGGAGGUUAACAAAGGAUAGGUCCUGAAUUUGGACCCAGUUAUUUGGCUUUAGAGGCAAAGCCCAGAGUCCCUGCUGGUCCAGGGGAAAUCGCUGUCCCGUGGCUGCGCCUGGGAGCCUGCCCCCCCUCCCCCGGCCCCAGGCCCCUUCCCACUUGGAACCAGCAAUGUCCCAAGGAGGUCAUUUCAAGGACAUGUGAAGAAACGCAUUUCCAGGCCCUUCCUGAGGCGGCGGGAUGAUUGGAUCUCUGUCUCCUGAGAAGCACUUUCUUGUCAGCGGCGGUCAGACGUGAUCAGAGGACUAAUUCCCAUUAAAUUGUCAAUGAUGCCUCAACUCGCCACUUCUUUUUAACCAUGAAAAAGUUUCCAAUCCAAUAAUUUCCUAUUCUUCUUCCAAGUGUCCUUGCUUCUAACUAUGCACUCAAAGCAGGAUCAGGCAAUGCUCUUUUCCCUCCCCUGGGGUUUUCACUUUCCAUCUCCUGGAAGGCAUUAGAGGUGCUUUCAGUUUUUUGUGUGGAUUGGGAGUCGCCCCUGGAAGCAUCAUCCUUCCUCUCAUUUUGCAUUUGAAUCACGGACACUUCCCUAAAUGAAUUCCUGAUGGAGGAAUGAAAAUAAAGAAUUUUCUGUGGGGAGACUUAGUGGCAGGCAGAACGUGGCGUGUGAUCCUCGGGUCAGGUGGGGGUGGCACUUCCUGUUGGGGAGCAGGCUGCAGGAACGUGCAGAGCAAAUCCUCCAGAGCGGACGUAGAAAGCACCUUCUCAUCCAGUGCUGGCAGCAGAGAAAAUGGAGAGCCCCAGGGAAGGAAAGGCAAGUGGAGUGAGCAUGUGCACGUGUGCACGCAUGUGCCUGGGUGUGCACCUGCACCGACGUAUGUGUGCGUGUGAGGCUGUGCACACCUGCCUGGGUGUGCACACAUGCGUGCGUGUUUGCAGUGUCUGGACCCUUGGCUGGGAAGGAAAUGCUCACAACAGUCACUCUCAGUUCCGGAGAACUUGGAUGCUUUGGAGGAACAGCCCCAGAGAGCGGCCGGGGAGGCUUCGGAGCGCCCAUGCUUGCUCCUUCCUGCCACGUGGGUGUCUCCCUCGGCAAGACUCCCGCUCUGCCCCGGCUGUCCAGACGGCACCUUCAGUCUCUGGUGUGCAAGGGACCCAUUUCCAUGCAUUUCUUGAGAACACGCUCUCUCUCCUGAACUCCCGUGAUCUUCCUCCUUGGGUUUCAUUUCUUCUUUUCCAGAGGACAUAAACUACAUUUCACCGGGCGUGAGUAUCAUGCAGUGGAGGUGGUGCUCCAGCCCUUGGGACUGCCCUGAGUCUGGUGGAGAACCCACCAGCCCUGCCCGGAAGCCCCAGGGUCCUUCGCGGACACGCCCAUCCCAUCGAGGUGCUUCUGCUUGAACCACUCUUUGCACUUGAGCAGUCACUAAAAGCCAGUUCUCUGAAGAGCCAGUUUGCCAAGUGACCAGCUCCCUGAAUUUAUUGUUUCUUUGAACUAAUUCACUUUAGCUGAGCAGUUUUCAGUGUGUGUUCAUAUCCAUAUAUUCAGACUGCUCUCCCUUGUCUCUGCCUCAGUACCCUGGAGAUGGAGGGACAGGGCCGGCGGGGGCGGGUUGGGAAGGCACUGGGGAGCACAUUUCCUACAUAUAACAUUGACUACAAACAGUUAUAAUCAGCCAGUUCUUUAUUAGAAUAAUCGUCAUAAACAACUUUCUUAUUGAAGAAUAGAUUCUUACGGAUUUAUUCCUCCACUUUUUCCACCUGAAGAAUCUUUCCAUCUGAGAAAGAGGUUGCUGGCUGCCUGGCAAAUGUCCACACUCCCUUUUACCUUAAACAGAAGCCCCCUCUUUGGUGGGGGCAUCACUGUGCUCAGUAAACAAAGCACGUCUCCCUGAAGGCAGGUAGGGCUAGAGGGAUGUAAGCAAAUGUGUCUGGAUGGAUCCUUAUUUUCAAAGUCCUGUAAAGGGACUCCCCUGGGAGGCAUGCUCUUUGCCCUUUUUGCUUAACUUCUCUACCUGGAAUGUGCUCACAGUGGUGGGUUCUGCAGUGGCCGUAUUGGGACAUGAGAUGAUCCCAAUGAUGAAUGCUCAGAGACCAAAUAUACAAAUGGGCAGUGGCCAGACCAUGUAUAAAAAUAGAACUCUAGGGGCACCUGGGUGGCUCAGUCGGUUAAGCGUCUGCCUUUGGCUCAGGUCAUGAUCCCAAGGUCCUGGGAUUGAGCCCCACAUCCGGCUCCCUGCUCCUCAGGGAAGCCUGCUUCUUGCUCUCCCUCUGCCGCUCCCUUUACUUGUGCUCUCUGUCAAAUAAAUAAAAUCUAAAAAAAUAAAAAUAGAACUCUGACCCCACAGGCUGCAGCCCAGGAAGCCAACCAGUUAUCUGCGGUAACCAGCCCUAUAAGUCAGAUGUGUAGGAAUUCAGACUACUAUCUCUCAUAACCAGUUCAGGAAGACAAAUGAUAAGCCCUGUAACAAUGGGCCCCAAAUGUCUAUGACUUGAUUAAUAACUGACCGCUUCUCUGAUUUUUGUCCUUGCUGUAACCUAGGACCAGCCAGAGGAAGCCAGAUACGUAUCCCUAAUGAAUCAUGUGGUUGACCCACUUCUAGUUAGCCACCCACGGGCCACAGCCUCCUUCCAGGGCAUGCCUGGAGCCUCCCUGUUCUCACAAGGAAGCUUCCCCACUCCACUGCCUGCCUGUGAGUUUCCACCAGACGCAGAUGACCCCCUUGCUGUAGCAAGCUCUGAAUAAAUAGCCUUUGCCCUUCUCCUUUAGGUUUCAUUUAUUUCCUUGCUGCCAGGUGUUAAGGAUGGUGAAGCAGAAACACAAAAGGACCCGGAGCUCUGAUCAAAGGGCAGCUGAUCUAGCCUAGGACUGUGUUGGGGAAAUAAGAUUAAGGGCAAAAUCUCCUCCCAAUCCAGAAGACUUCUCCACAAAUACAGAGGAGAGAGAAAGCAAGUGUAUUACUGAACGAGCAUUUGGCUGGAAUGUGGCUUGCAUCCUAGGCAACGUGCUAAAGAGACUGCAGACAGAAAGGGAUCUUAAUCCUGUACAUAGCUAAGCAGAUACGACCCAAGCAGAUACGACCCAGUAUCGUGCAUCUGAGGUGAAACUGCCCGAUUUUUCAUAACUUUAUGAGCGGAGGCUUGCAUUUGCAGUCAGGUGCUUGCAGAAGUUACACCCUCUACUCCCAGGGGCUGAGAGACGGGGCAUUGCCUUCCCUGAUGAUCAUAUUUCAUAGGCACGCUCCCUAGCCCCUGAGGUGGGAGACCUGCAAGAGGCUUAUUUCGCUUUCUGUCUACAACUGCCUGUCUCCAGUCUUCUCAACAUAAGAGAAAAUAAGCCUCGAUCAUGUUUAAGCCACUCUCAUUUUUUUUUUUUUUUAAUAAUUAUCAGCCAAACACAAUAUCCAAUGAAAACACAGUUUGGUGGGAUUUUUCCCCAAGUCUGGAAAGUUCUCUCAUCUUGAACAUUGCCACCCUCUUUGUUCUCUCCUUCUCUGAGGCUCUCCUUCUGUCUUCCUUCUCUAAAAUUUUCUCUAAUAUUGUUCAUCAUUGAUCUCCCCCUGCUAUACAUCUAGCUUCCAGUUCUUUAAUUCUCUCUUCCACUGUGUCCGGUCUACUGUGUAAUCCUUAUGUAAAGUUUUUUAUUUUAAUGAAUUAUAAUAGAUCUGUUUAACAUUUUUGUUGGCUUUUUAAAAAAUUCUGCUUCUUUAAAAAAAAAUGAUUACCUGUUUUCUGUGUUAAAUGCUGUUCCUCAUCCAUAUGCUUAAAAGAGACCACUUCAGAUAUGAAGACAUACAUAGUUAAAGGUAAAAGAUACAUUGUAUAGACACAAGUGAGAAAUGUAGCUGGAGUGGCAGGAUUGAUAUUGAUUGAAUAUCAGACAAGGCCAAUGUCAGUGCAAGGACUGUUGCCAGGGAUAGAGAUGAAGGGGUCAAGUGAUCGAGAGGACAUCAAAAUCCUAAAUGUGUAUGUCCUGACAUCAGAACUUCAAAAUACAUGAGGAAAAUCCUGGAAGAACGGAGUGUUGAAGUAAACGUGUGCCCAGCUGCGGCUGGGGACUUGGGCGCUGCUUCUCGGUAAUCACUAGAGCCAGCGGAUGGCCGUCCCCGGGCCUGGAGAGCCGCACGCCCCAUUUCCUGCAGGCCUUCGUGUGGUCAGGAGCUGGUCGCCCGGCCUGUUUGAGUUUGUUGUCACCAGGGUCACCUCUGUGCAGUCUUCAGGCCCCUCCGACUGCAGCUGCAGUGGCCUCACCAUUACAGUGGGGUACGGGGCUGGAGGGGAGGGUCUUUUGCAGGGUUCCUGGGCCCCCUCAGCUUUUGGCUGUCCCUAUAGGAUGGCCCCAUGGAGGGAGUCCCUGUUCAGGCUCUCAAGCCUCCUGAGACCCUGGCGGUCUGCUUAUGCCCCAGGGGUGUGACUGACUGAUACCGUUCCGUCAGCUAAAGGUUUUUGCUUGUGAGAGUCUGGGAAGCAUGUGGGGCCUGAGGAGCCACUGAUCACCCCAAGCACACCUGUGUCACCCAGAGGGCUCCCUGUACAGGACUCUGAUCUAUUUCCAACUGCCAUAGUGAUCAGCCUGUCAGAACUUCUCAAGAUUUACCUGAAUCUUUCUUGUCCAUCUGUGUGGUGGUCACAUCUUUCUUCUGUGUCCCAUCAAAGACAAAACAGUUCGUGCCCUUUCUUUCUCUCUCUCUCCUUGAAGGGCCUCAUUCCUUUUUGGAAUUCAGUUUACUUUGUUCCUUUGUGACUCAUCAUCUGACUUUCACCAUUGCUAGCGUGGGAGGGAUGUUCUUUGCAGCUUUUGGCAUUCUGAGUGGAAAUGCAAGUCUCUUAGGUAUUUUAUUGCAGCCCAAAGCUAACUGUUUUACUCUGUGAGUUCAUCUUUGGUGGGAAUUUCCACUGUAGGAGCCCAGGGUAAUAGCAGUAUCCCUCUGAGAUAUGUAUCAUAUCAUGAGGCCAAAGCAGGAAAGAGAUGGCACAGAAAACUGGGUCACUGCGGAAAGUGACAACAUGGGGGGGCAGGGUUAGAGAACCUAGUAUCCUAUGGCUCACAAGAACAGGUGCUGUGGCAUCUGGAAGGGUAAGGUCUGCAAGGCUGAGGGAGGAAACUUUCUGGGGUCCAGGGAGGGUGGCCUCAUGGAGAGGACUGGCAGCAGCUGUGGCCCUCAGUGAAAGAUCUCAGCCAGUUUGUGGCUAGACAGAAAACAAGGGAGGAUAUAAAAGAACUCAACACUACUACCGACCAAGAGGACCUAAUCAGCAUUCAUAGACAGCUUCCCCCAACAAGAGCACAGAACACAUGCUUCUGAAAUGUUCAUGGAACAUAUCCCAAGGUAGAUGACAUCAUGAGCCAUUAAACACACCUCAACAAAUUAGAACUGAAAUCAUGCAGAGUGUGUUCUUGGACCACAGCACAAUCAAAUGAGACAUCAGUAACAAAGCUAACAGGAAAAUCUCCAAACAAUUGGAACUAAUCAGCACACUGCCAAAGAACGCAUGGAUCAAAAGGAAGUCUCAAGAGAAAUAAAAAAUACAUGGAUUGAAUGAAAGUGAAAAUACAACACAUCAAAGCAGGGUCAAGAGAGAAAUUUAUAGCACUAAAUCCUUACAUUAGAAGAGAGGGAAAAUCUCAGUAGUCUGGGCUCCACCCUCAACAAAAAGAAGAGCAAAAUAAACCCAAAACAAGCAGAAGGAAGGAGACAAUAAAGAGAUGAAAUCAAUUAAACUGAAAACAAUAGAGGAGGUCAAUAGAACAAAGCUGGUUCUUUAAAAGGAUCACCAAACCUCUAGCAGAUACCAGAAUCAGGAACAAAAGUGGGGACAUCACUACAGACCCCACGGAAUGAGAAGGAUCAUUAGGGGGCACUUCAAACAACUCCACAUACACAGAUUUUACAACUCGUAUGAAAUGGACCACUUCUUUGAAAAGCACAAACUAGCAAACUCACCCAUUAUGAAAUAUAUACUAUGAAUAGCUAUGUAACUAUUAAGGAAAUUGAAUCAGUAAUUAAAAUAUCCCCCCCCCCCCGCCAAAUUCCCAGACCCAGAUGUUUUCAUUGAAGAAUUCUUCCAGGCUUUUAACCAACUGAGCCACCCAGGCGCCCUCUUCUUCCAGGCUUUUAAAGAAGGAUGAACACCAAUUCUACACAAUCCCCAGCAGAAAAUGGACAAUAAGGAAGCUCUUCCCAAUUCAUUUUAUGAAGUUGGUGUCACCCAGACAACAAAAACCAGACAGCACAAAACAGGAAAACUACAGACCAAUAUCCCUUAGAAAUAUAGAUGCAAAAGUUCUUUUUUUAAGUACGUUUUUUUUAAGAUUUUAUUUAUUUAUCUAUUUGAGAGAGAGAAUGAGAGAGCGAGAGAGAGAGCACAUGAGAGGGGGGAGGGUCAGAGGGAGAAGCAGACUUCCUGCCGAGCAGGGAGCCCGAUGCGGGAUUCGAUCCCAGGACUCCAGGAACAUGACCUGAGCCGAAGGCAGUCGCUUAACCAACUGAGCCACCCAGGCGCCCCGAUGCAAAAGUUCUUAACAAAGUAUUAGCAAAUAUAAUUCAGCAAUAUAUAAAAAGAACCACUAUGACCAAGUGGAGUUUAUUCCAAGGAUGCAAGGCUGGUUUAAUAUUCCAAAACGAAUCAAUAUAAUCCACCGCUUUAACAGACUACAAAAGAAAAGAAUCGUAAGAUCAUAUCAACUGAUGUAGAAGAAGCAUUUGACCAAAAUAUAACAGCCAUUCUUGAUCAAAGCUCUCAGAGAAACAGGAAUAGAGAGGAACUUUCUCAAGCUGAUAAAGAGCAUCUACGGAAAUUACACUUAAUGCUGAAAGACUGAAUGCUUUUUCCCUAAGAUCUGGAAAAAGGCAAGCAUGUCUUUUCUCACCAAUGUCAUUCAACAUCAUUUUGGACAUUCUCAAUAGUGCAGUAAGACAAGAAAAGGAAAGAGAGAUACUUGCACGUGGCGUAUCGUGGGCCCCAGUGGCAGCCACAGUGCCACCCUCUUCUGGGACACAUAGCAAAGGACAGAACAGGGUGCCUCCUGCACAGCCGGCCCGGCCCGGGAGUGACCCAAGGUAGGGGAGCUGUUACAGCACACCAAGGCUAAGAUCACUGAGCGUUCAUCUCUGACCAGAUGACUGUGGACACCAAUGUGAGUGCUCAGACUUGACACCCAUGAGCACACCUACAGAGCCCAGCAUCUGCCACCUCACUGCGUCCCACCCAAGCCCCAGGAGACCGACCAGGGCAAAAGUGGGGCUGUGUGCAUCCCUCACUUGGCCAAGUCAGAGGCCUUCUUCCAUGAGGCAGGUGGGCAUGAGCCCUGUCCCGUGAUCUCACCCUGAAGGGCCUCCAUCCAGAACCUGACCCUGGGCCUUGCCAGCAAGCCCUUGGGCCUCCUAUAGCCAGGGUCCCUAUUGUCACCUUCACAGCCACCUUACCUCAGACAACUCUGGCCAUGCCAACCCCCAAGUCCCUUGCCCCACCCCUGAUGAACUCCGUGCCACCCCUAGUGCUGCCCUUCCUGCCCCCCAGCACUGAGCCUCUAAGAUGGGGAGCUCUGGGGACUCACUUCCCAAGACGAGCGCUUUGGGUGGGGGUAGGGAGGUCUCAGAAGCUCCACUCUUGGAGCUGUCUGCACCACCAGCUCUCCCACACCAACGUGGCUGUUUUCCUGAAUUACUGAUAUAAAACUGACAGACAAAAGUCAACUAACAAUGAAAAGAAAAGCCCUCAAGUCACAAAUACUUGUACAUAGGACUCUUUUGUACAAAUGAAACUAUUUUCUUUUCUGUGAAGCCGGGACACAAAGAACUUGACAGUACAAGUUGAACCCCCACUCUGCAACAUAUGUGUGGAGAGAUAGAUACAUAGAGAGGCAAGAACACCUUGACCAGCUGUAUCUACAUACUUCUCUCACCUUGAGACAGAAGCACAAAAACUCAGCAAGCUCCCCUCCUACUCAGCCUCCCACUGAUCUUGGUGGUUUUGACAAAGAUCAAAAUCCCAACUCAGAGGUACUGCAUGUGAUUUUACUGUUCCGAGAAAACCAGGAGUUGCUCCACUUCAUAGAUGCUUAUGUGCUAAUAUCUUUUUCUACGAAAAAGACCCAGUGCCAUGUUCAACAAAGGUUAUGCUUCUAAAAACAAAAAACAAAGGCAGACAGCUCAGAAGAAAAAAUUAAACUGUUGCUGUUUGCUGAUGACUUGAUUGUCUAUGUGGAAAGUCCUAAGGAAUCUACAAAAAUGACCUAGAACUAGUAUGUGAGUUAGUCAAGGUCAUAGGAUACAAGAUUAAUAUGUAAAAGGUAAUUGUAUUUUUCUAGACUAACGACACAUGGACACUGAAAUUAAAAAUACAAUGCCAUUUACAAUAACUCAAAAAAGAAAUACUUAGGUGCAAUCUAACGAAACAGAACUUAUGUCCUCAAAACGACAAAGCACCGCUGAAAGAAAUACAGAGCUCUCAGUGGAGGGACGCACCAUGUUCAUGGAUGGGAAGAUGCCACAUAAUGAAGAUGUUAGUUCUUCCCAAAUCGAAAUACGUAUUUGAUGCUACCCCUGUCAGAAUCCCGGCAAUAUGUUAUGGGUCCUGACAAGAUUACUGUAACAUUUAUAUGGAAACGUAAAGAAACUGGAACAGCUAAACGCUUUGGAAAAUGCAGAUCACAUGAGAAGGUUCAGCCUGUCUUAAGAGAUACUGUUACAGUGACAGCAAGGAAGGCUGUGUGACGUGGGUGGAGGGACAGACACAGAGGUCAGCGGCCACAAAGGGAGCACAUAAACGUGGCCAGCUGAUUGUUGGGAGUGGUGCAGAACCAGUUCACGGGAGGAGGGACAGCCUUGUCCACGAAGAGUGCUGGAGGCCUGGGCAUCCGGAGGCAAGAACACGAACCUCAACCUCAGCCUCACACUUUAUACAAAAGUUGGAUAGUAGAUUAAAAGGUAAAACUAAGACUUCUAGAAAAAAAAAAAAUCCAUAGAAGAUCUUCAGGGUCCAGGGCUAGGCACAUAGUUCUUAGGCCUGACACCAAAGCCACAUUGGUAAGAGAGAACAUUGAAAAAUCAAACUCUAUCAAAAUUAAAAAUACUUGCUCUGUGAAAAACGCUGGGAAGAGGUUUUCUAAAGAUAGGUUAGAGACUGGGAGAAAACCUUUGCAAACCACACGUCUGACAAGAGGAGUCGUAUCCGGAAGAUACAAAGCACUCUCAAAAGUCAACAGUAAAACAGUAAAAAAACCCCCCAAAUAACCCUCCCAACAACCCCCAGAUUUGACAGUGGGUGAAAGACAAGAACACACAUUUUACCAACGAGGAUAUCUUCUUUCAACGAGUACUUCUUUCUGGAGGUUCAACAUAUUAGCCAUCAUGGAAACGCCAAUCAGAGCUCCCCUGGGCUUUUGUUACACACCGGUUGGAAUGGCUAAAAUCAAAGUGACAGCACUGCGAACUAACGAACAUGUGGAGAAACGGCAUUGCUGUGGGGACAGGGAAGUGGGCCAUUCUGGAAAAUGAUCUGACAGUUU